CGGAUUUUGUUACCAUACUAACGUUAUAACCGUGACAACCAUUAGUAAAUAAGAUAUUUCCGAUACGCAGGUUUCUGAGUUUACUAGAUUAUAUAAUUUUUCAUUAUGCGUCCUUCUGUAAAUUUGCGUGGUUUCGUAUGUGGGUGUCUGCCGGGAUAUUUAAAGGGAGCAAUGUUACAUUUGUAACAUUAGUUGACACAAUGCAACGUGGAAAGAGUGUGAAAAUAAAAGAAGUCAUUGAAUCGCUUUGUAAGCUUCUUUCUGCACUUGGAGUGGAUUCUGUCCCUGGUACAGACACCUUCAGACGGGCGAAAUUUAAUAAAGGAGACGCGGAGCAAGACCUGUGGAGGUUACUAUAUAGCCUGCUCUUCAAAGCAGUGCAAUGGGAGUGCGCAUGUCAAACUACGCAGGAGGAUGACGUGGGUGCCCAGGCCAGGCUGGUGAGUGGCAUGCUGUGGCAGCUUGGCUACGGAGCCCCUUGGCUGGCGGGUACGCGGGGCGAGGGCGGUCGGGGAGAGGAGGCGGGGAGUCGAGACCUCCUGCUGGCCCUGGGGUGGGUGAUCUCGUCUGGGAAUCUGCUGGAGGCCCUGCUGGGAGAACAGGCUGAGGGGCUGGAGACCCUGACCAACCUGCCGGGGGUCCCUGACUGCAGGCCCGGAGGGGAGCACCCUGUUGGGUUUGGACCUGGGGCGAGCCGUCGUGGGAGAGGCCUGAGGAGACAGGGCGUGGAGGAACCAGAGUGGGAGGAGGAGCUGAGGAGGUUGCAGUGGGAGCAGGGGAAACUGCAUCUCCUGUGGCGAAGUCUUGGAGCUGCACAGGCCGAGAGAGCCUGCCUCCUGCAUCAGGUGCUGUCUUCCACCAAUGGGCUGUCAGAUACGCACCCUGCCCCAGGCCAUACUGGCCACAACAAGGAGUUGGAGCGGUUGCAAACAGACAUUCAGCUGCUGGAGAUAUACCUGGACUGGAAGCAGAUGGAGCCCCUCUUCUGGUCCUGGAUGGAAAGUGUGAUUGACACCAGGCCGGCCGAACCCUCCCCGCCCUCGCGCAGGGGUGCUGUUGCUAUGGCGCUGAAGAAUGUGGUCGUCAAGGGGGCCCGUUGCCAAGGUGACAGCGGGAGAAGGGGCCCGGGCGAGCUGAGCGAGUCGCUGCUGAUGCUGCAGGUUCGACUGAACGCUUGGCGGGUGGAGCUGGAGAACCACGCCUCCCCAUUGGUGGAGAAUGGAGAUCAUGAUUCAAUCAGCAAUAACUAUGACUCACAACUAAAUGAGGACGUGAUCAGUAGCUCGGAGAAGGCGAAGAUUCGGGAGAGGGUGAAACUCAGGCUGCGUGGCCUGGCCGAGGCCUACACCUCCCAGUCCGCAAGCAGGAGGUUCAGGCUACGACCACCAGAGCACCCCACCCACCGAACGCACCGGCCCACCAAAGACAUCCCCUCGAGGGCAGGGCGGCCAAUUGAGGCCCAGGCUUCUCGCCUCAUUGAGGAACUGAGGGAGGAAGAGGCGGGCCUGCGACAGGAAGUGGCGAGAUUGAGGCGGGACCAGAGGGAGGAGCUGCAGGAGCUCGCCAGCCGGCUGGAGGGCGUGGUUCUCAUUCCGCCGCUGAAGAGACGAGGGUUUGUCAUUGGGGCCGAGAAAUAAAAGUGCUAA